AAACACCUACCGGGCGAGAUUCUCACAUUAUCCUCUUCCUCGGUCAUUCGAACGGAGGAGAAAGAAGCAACAAAGAAAGAAAUGUCACUCUCGGCCACGGGUAUUUCAAGAAUGGUGGUGCCCCUCCGUUCUCCCCCGCCACCUAUCGGCGUCUCCGCCGUGAGAUUACCGGAUCUGAGGAGUUCCGGCGGCGUCGGAGGACUGGCGAUAGAGUGCUCGUCUCGGCCGAAGAAGAAGGGAACCGCCCACCACAACAAGACUCGCCCGAAAAAGUCCCAACCUUGGGACAUCCGCCGCCGCGGGCCGACCUUCUACCCUCCCCUCCCGCCGCUGCCGCCCGACUGGACAGUUGUCACCGAACAGAACUCCGUCGCAGCGGCUUCAGAACCGCCUGUCGCCGAGUAAAUUCCCUUUGUUUAUCAUCUUAUCAAUCUCGAAUUGACUCUGUUUGUGAUCUGAAACUAUUUGUGUUUCUUGUGAAAAUGGGAAAUUACUGUUAUUUGUUGCAAAUUGUUUACUCAGUUGCUGUUUCUUUGCUGCUACAAAUUUGUUCAUGAAUAGUAACUGUUAGAGCAAUUUGUCAUUACAUUUCAUAGACCUUUCAUGAGUCAUUUUUUGUGUCUGAAAUUCGGUUUUUGUAAGAGAAAAAAACAAGGGAAAAAGAAAGACAGAUACUUGGGACAAAGUUUAUCUUUUUACCAUCAGCUAAAAAAAGCUGUAUAUAGAUUAUAAAGAUACCAAACGAAAUAAAGGUUUAAAAAAAGAAAACAGCAUAAGAUAAAUAAAUAAUAAUACUAGUCCUUAAAUAUUAUGCCUGGCUUCAUCCUGUCUGCCUUUUGACCACCAACACCAUUGCCAAUAGAAGAGAAAGAUGGAGCUACAUUGGAUUGUCCUCCAACCAGCUGAGAAAAUCCGAAAAAGACCCUGGAUUUACAGAGGGAAAGGGGGCAUCUUGGUCACUGUGCGGCCGGACACUCCGGCCGCCGUCGCCGGUUGACUCUUUCUUCCGGGCGCAAGAACCCAUUGCUAGCAGCGGCGGGGGCGGCUAGCAGAACCCCAAGAUUUGAAAACAGGAAUUGAGAUUUAAAGAAGGAAAAAAAGGAGAGAUCUUUUU